AUGAUCGGUAGCAUCAAGACAGUUGCCGUCGCCAUAGGGCUGGCCCAGAUUUCCAGAGCCCAGUCUGUGAGCCAAGCAGCUCUCAGUUCUGGUCUGGGUGAUUGGCAAGAUGCCUACAGCAAGGCCAGAGAGCUGGUCAGUCAGAUGACUUUCGACGAGAAGGAGAACGUAACGACCGGCUACCAGCACUCGAUGAACGGCUGUGUCGGCAAGGGCGGUAGCGUCCCAAGACUCGGCUUCCCUGGCUUCUGCAUGAGCAAUGCCGGCAACGGUGUCGGCGGCACCGAAGGCGUGAAUGCCUAUCCGGCCGCCCUGCACGUCGGCGCCUCGUGGAACAGGCAGUUGGCCUACGACAGGGCACUACAUAUGGGCCGGGAGUUCAAGGCCAAGGGUGCUAACGUUGCCCUCGGACCAGCCGUUGGGCCCCUGGGGCGAGUCCCCAAGGCGGGUAGGAAUUGGGAGGCGCCUAGCAACGACCCGUUCCUUACGGGAGCCCUGACCUUCGAGACGACGCGAGGCUUGCAGGAGUCGGUGAUCGCCUGUCUUAAGCACAUAGUGGGCAACGAGCAGGAGACAAGCCGCAAGCCGCCGCGAUACCUCGGCCACAACCACAAUCAGUCCGUGUCGUCCAACAUUGACGACAAGACCAUGCACGAGCUGUACCUCUGGCCGUUUGCAGAUGCGGUAAGGGCUGGUGUCGGGUCAGUCAUGUGCGCCUACCAGCGCACCAAUAACAGCGACUCGUGUCAGAACAGCAAGGUGCUCAAUGGCCUGCUCAAGACCGAGCUGGCGUUCCAGGGCUUUGUCGUUUCGGACUGGUUCGCGCACCAAUCUGGCCUUGCCAGCGCUCUCGCCGGCCUGGAUGUGGUGAUGCCCGUCGCGCCUCUGUGGUCCAAGGGGAACCUGACAAUCAUGGUUAACAAUGGCUCGCUACCGCUCGAACGCCUUGAUGACAUGGUUGUCAGGGCCAUUGCGCCCUGGUACAAGUUUGGAAACCCAGAAAUGAAGCACGUCGGUCAUGGCCUGCCCGCCAAUCUUGCCGCGCCGCACACCUUUGUCAACGCGCGUAACAAGUCGUCCAGGAGCACCAUCUUCCAAGGCGCCGUGGAGGGCCACGUUUUGGUCAAGAACGUCAAUAACGUGCUGCCACUCAGGGAUCCCGGCUUCAUUUCCGUAUUUGGUUACGACGCGGUAGCGCAGAAGCUCAACACACGCGAGCGUGCAGGCUUUUCGCUGUGGGGGCGCGGCAUGGCAGGCGCUCAUCAACACGUCAACGGAACCGAGCUUACCAUGGAUAUGUAUGACUGGUUCUUCGCCUCCAGUGUCGAACAGACCGAAACGGGACCUGAGGUCGCCCUAAACGGCACCCUCAUCACAGGCGGAGGCUCGGGCGCGGCAGUGGGGGCUUACAUCGACGCUCCGCUGGACGCGCUGCAGAGGCAGGCCUACGAAGACGACACCUUCAUCGCAUGGGACGUGCAGAGCGGCACGCCCGACGUCAAUCCCGCCAGUGACGCGUGUCUCGUCUUUAUCAACGCGCAGGCUACCGAGGGGUGGGAUCGGAAGAACCUGACGGACGCCUACUCUGACCGGCUGGUCGAGGCAGUGGCGGAUCAGUGCGCCAAUACCAUGGUGGUGGUGCACGCGGCGGGCAUUCGGCUGGUGGAUGCCUGGUUUGACCAUCCCAACGUCACUGCUGUAAUUCUCGGUCAUCUCCCCGGGCAGGACAGCGGACGCGCGCUGGUGGAGGUGCUGUACGGGCGGCAGUCACCUUCGGGCCGAAUGCCCUACACGGUGGCCAAGCAGGAGAAGGAUUACGGCAGCAUGCUGGACCCUGACUUCCCCAGCGACGACACGCCCUACUACCCCCAGUCCAACUUCACCGAGGGGGUGUACAUCGACUAUAAGCACUUCCUGAAGCAUAAUAUCACACCGCGGUUCGAGUUCGGCUUCGGCCUUACUUACUCGUCGUUCGAAUACUCGAACCUGAGCGUCACCGUCGACGCCAAAGCCUCGGAGUCCCUGUUGCCCCCAAGGCCGGGCGACAUCUCGCCGGGCGGCCUUGACUCGCUCUGGGACGAGGUGGCGCUGGUGACGUGCACAGUGACCAACGCGGGGAACGUGACGGCCGCUGAGGUAGCGCAGCUGUACCUUGGCAUCCCAGGCGGUCCGGCAAGGGUGUUGCGCGGGUUUGACAAGCAGCUGCUGGAUCCGGGUCGCAGCGCCGUCUUCACGUUUCCGCUGACCAGGCGCGACGUCAGCACGUGGGACGUCGUGCGGCAGGGCUGGGUCUUGCAGCGGGGGCGCUAUGGCGUUUUUGUGGGAAGGAGUGUGCUCGACGUUCCGCUCGUGACCACGUUUGAGAUUUGA